GUCAUGCAGCCCUCUGCUCUGCUAGACCUUCGUUUCUACCAAAACGUCCCAGAAUUUCACAAUAUCUUGGCGGUGGUAUCGAGUACUGGAACCCUUGCCAUGUUCAAGUUCGACCCUCUUGCAGAUGCCAGCGCACCAUUGCAGCAUCUUGCCACCAGCAGAUGUGAUGACCUGGAUGACGAUGUCCUCUUUCUGCAAUGCAAUUGGCACCCAGUUGCCAACAGGGUCCUCGGGGUCACCACCUCCACCGGCCUGGCAAGACUGUUACUGCUAGAUGACGAGUGGAAAAUUGCCAAAUCAGCUGAUGUGGACAUUGAGAACUCUCUUGAAGCUUGGUGCAUAGCUUUCUCUCCAGCAGAUGCUACCUCAACUGCGACAAACCAGCCAAUCUCAGUCUAUUGCGGGGGAGACGACUCCACGCUUCGAUAUACGACUUGUCACUGGGAGGGCAGUGAAGAAAACGAUCCAUCAUCAAUCCUAAAUGUGCCGUUUGGGCCCAUAACAAUAAAGGGGCAGCAUGAUGCAGGAGUAACUGCAAUUCUGCCUCUACCGCUAGCAACCCAGGAUCAUGCUAGAUUAGUUGUCACUGGUAGCUACGAUGACCAUCUCCGGGUCUUUGCCAUUCAUGAUCUUCAUGAAUCAUAUGGCUUAAAGCGUGUGCAGCUGCUGACAGACGCAAAUCUUGGAGGCGGUGUGUGGAGACUAAAGCUGAUCGAUAUCCAGACCGUGGGAGGUUCGACGAGGAUUCGGAUCCUGGCCUCUUGCAUGUACGCUGGGGCUAGGCUUGCCGAGAUCGUGACGGACAACAGCGGCCAGAGCUGGGCCUGCGUAGUCUUGGCCCGGUUCGAGGAGCAUAAAAGUAUGAAUUAUGCCUCGGACAUUUCAAGCUUGUAUCCCACGGCGGACGGGAGGAUACGCAUUGUCUCGACCAGCUUCUAUGAUAAGCUGCUCUGCAUGUGGGAUUAUGAGCCACGACGAUAAUAUGAGACGAGAAUGAAUUGCGGGCGAUCCAACAUUAUUGUGAUACUAGAUGAUAAAUCCUUACUUGGCUCAACCAACAGGUAAGUGGGCG